AUGACAGAUUUAGCCCCAGCGGAACUACGCAUCUACCGGUUCUUGUUUCCUGAGAUCCAGAAGCAGAACGACUUUAUCAGUUAUUUGAACAAUUACUUGCUUUUGAAACGUUUCAAAGUUGCUUAUCGUUUUAAAAGUUAUGACGAAGGCGUCGUCCCUGACUGUGGACAGAAAAUUGCAAGGUUGACUCUAGAAACUCCUACAUCAUCGCAAGCAAUUAAACUAGCAAAAAAGCUCAACGAGUCGCCGGUAAUGAAGGUGGAACUGCGUGAUGGUACGUCUCAAAAUUUUUUCGUAAAUAAAUUGUUUCCAAGGUUUUAA